AUGAUGCACUUCAUGCUGCUGUUCAGUCGGCAAGGCAAGCUAAGGUUACAAAAGUGGUAUGUUGCUCAUAAUGAUAAGGUAUGUCACCCAAGGGCUUUAUUAUACACACUCCGUGCUAAAUGUAAAUGCAAUAAGGGUUUUCAGACUAAGAAGAAGUUAACCAGGGAACUAAUGGGACUUGUAUUAGCCAGAAAAGCAAAGAUGUGCUCAUUCCUCGAAUACAAAGACAUGAAGAUAGUUUACAAAAGGUACGUAUACUCUUCACAGUUUUUAUAUAGAAAGCGAUUUUGGCAAACCGGUGAUCAGUUUGAAGUAAUUUAUUCAAGAGUUAUAAUCGCUAAACAAAGAAUUUAAAUGAGCUAUAAAUCUACUGGAAGAACGUUGUGUGUGAUUUUUUUCUAAUCAAACUUUUUUUUGACAAGCCGUCGAUUAUAUUUUUGCCCAAACAAUCUUUUGAUCGCGGUGCGUAUAUGCGCAAUUUCCUGCCCGCAACUGUCGCAAACUGCCCUGCCCGUAAAUGGUUGCCCAAAAGAAUGGUGCCUCCUUUUUAAUAGCGAUUAUAAUAGACUUUAAAGCAGCAAAUUAUUUAAAGCGGUGGAUCAAGGAUUGAUUCUAAUUUUUCAUCCCAGGUAUGCGUCGUUGUAUUUUUGUUGCGCUAUCGAAACGUUGGACAACGAAUUGCUGUACCUAGAAACUAUUCAUCGGUAUGUGGAAUUGCUGGACGGAUAUUUCGGCAGUGUAGGUUAUUUUUUCGUAAGUCAUCAAUAAUUUCAGGUAUGUGAAUUAGAUAUUAUAUUCAAUUUUGAGAAAGCUUAUUUCAUUCUUGACGAGUUUUUGAUAGCUGGAGAAGUCCAGGAAAGCAGCAAACGUCAGAUAUUAACAGCAAUGCGAACACAAGACGAGAAACAAGAUGUAAGAUGAAAAUACAUAUUUGUGAUGCUUUUAGGCUGAGCUCAAACACGGAAUUAUCGAGGAUAAUGGACUCGGCUGA